AUGUCUGGAGAUCUCCGACUUCUCAGUCUCGAUGGAGGAGGCGUACGUGGUCUGGCAUCACUGUAUAUGCUAAGGAAGAUACUAUCCUUGGUUGGCAGCCCAAAGCCAUGUGUCUAUUUUGACAUGAUCUGCGGAACAAGCACAGGAGGUUUGAUUGCUAUCAUGCUCGGUCGAUUGGAGAUGUCUGUCGAUCAGUGCAUUGAGGCGUACACCGGACUGAUGGACGUUGUCUUCGAUCCGAAAGACAGAAAACUGCCUUUCAAAAUUCGAAAUGGUAAAGUGCAGCCUCGGUACAAAACGAAGCACAUGGAGAAAGCGAUCAAGCAGGUGAUGUCCAACGCUGGUGUUGUGAUUGCCAUGACAGAAGAAAGCCGUGUCCCGAUACGCUUCACUGAUUAUGAGAAAGCAGGCGAGCAUUCCAACUUCUACAACGAAGUCAAAAUCUGGGAGGUAGCUCGUGCUACAUCCGCUGCAACAUCAUUCUUUGCGCCAAUGGAGAUAACACAUUCCGGUGAACCUAGACGAUUCCUUGACGCAGGUAUCGGCUCCAACAAUCCCAUCGACGAACUGUACCUCGAAGCGAUGUCGCUGUUCGAUAAAUCCGAAGAAGAGUUCGACAAGCAGAUCAGAGUGCUAGUAUCGAUUGGUACCGGCAAACCAGCAUUACACGGAUUCGGCGAGAAAGUCACCGAGGUUGCAAAGAGCAUUGCUUCGAUCGCAACAGAGACUCAGAACACAGCGAACAAAUUCCAUCUCACGCAUAAGAAAUUGGCAAGCAGGGACGGAUACUUUCGGUUCAAUCCUCCCGACCUCUCUGAAGUGGCGAUCGACGAAGCGAGCAAAAAGGGCAUUAUCGCAUCGCGGACUGAUACGUAUGGCAACGACGCGCAGACUUUGGAGAUGGUGGAGCGCUGGGUGAGCGUGGCAGGAACCGAGAAAAAACCAAUCAUCUCACCGACUCCAUCUGCAAAUCACAUCAAGCCCGCUGUGACGAAACUGUUCUAUUCACUGCACAAAGGACCCAAGUACAUCAAAGAGUAUGCGCCAUCAUACUGGCAACAUCUAACGCUGGACUCAUACUACGUGUACGAAACGAUAUACGACAGAUGCAACCCUCAAGACAGAAAAGUCACUUUCAGCGCUUUCUUUGAGCAGUUCGGCCCCGAUGCAAAGCCAUCAUCUAACCACGUCUUCGAAACCUGGGCGCGCCUUCUCCGAGACAAGCGCGAUGUGCGCAACAGUAUACAUCGGAAGCCGUUCGUGAUGGCGAUUUUGUACAUGCUCCACGUCGAAUCUAGUCUUGAUCUCACCAAGAUGACAAACAUAGACCCUAAUCGACGCGAGAUGCUGAAACGGUUCUCGAAGUGGGUGCCAUGCAAGUGUGAUGCUAGGUGUGGCCGCGAAUGGAACUUCGUGAAUGAGGUCGGGCUAUCGCGCGGCGGAAAUGGUGGUGAUGAAUGUGAUCUUCUGCAGUUGUUUGACGAUAGCAAGUGGAAAUUAGUGUUCAAGAGCGAUAAAGUGCGGAAACUAGAUGCGACCAGGAAGGCAUGGGAAGCUUCGAUGUGA